GGAGCGUCUGAGGACCCGGGGGGGAAAUGCGGCCCGGGAAAGCGCGAGCGUCUCCAUGGCAACGAGGGCGCAUGGCGCUGGCGCUACUUGCCUCCGGAAGUGACGUGCAGAAGGGUGCCCGGGACGAAACCAUGGCCCAGGAGGCGGCGGGAUGGCCGCCGGAGGAAACGCUGUCACUGUGGAAACGGGAGCAAGCUCGGCUGAAGGCCCGCGUCGUAGACCGGGACACCGAGGCGUGGCAGCGAGACCCCGCCUUCUCGGGUCUGCAGAGGGUCGGGGGCGUUGACGUGUCCUUCGUGAAAGGAGACAGUGUCCGUGCUUGUGCCUCCCUGGUGGUGCUCAGCUACCCUGAGCUCGAGGUGGUGUACGAGGAGAGCCGCAUGGUGAGCCUCACAGCCCCCUACGUGUCGGGCUUCCUGGCCUUCCGAGAGGUGCCCUUCUUGCUGGAGCUGGUGCAGCAGCUGCGGGAGAAGGAGCCGGGCCUCAUGCCCCAGGUCCUUCUUGUGGAUGGAAACGGGGUGCUGCACCACCGAGGUUUUGGGGUGGCCUGCCACCUUGGCGUCCUUACAGACCUGCCUUGCGUUGGGGUGGCCAAGAAACUUCUGCAGGUGGAUGGGCUGGAGAACAACGCCCUGCACAAGGAGAAGAUCCGACUCCUGCAGACUCGAGGAGACUCGUUCCCUCUGCUGGGAGACUCUGGGACUGUCCUGGGAAUGGCCCUGAGGAGCCACGACCGCAGCACCAGGCCCCUCUACGUCUCCGUGGGCCACAAGAUGAGCCUGGAGGCAGCUGUGCGCCUGACUUGCUGCUGCUGCAGGUUCCGGAUCCCAGAGCCCGUGCGCCAGCUCAGCCGUGUGGUCUUCCGAGAGAGAACCCAAGAAACUGUCUCCCAGGCCUUCAGCCCCAGGAACUUUAGGUCGUGCUGCUGCAGACAACACAGUUCCUGGAGCUCCUAGACCUUUUUCCACCUCAGCACGCCCCAGAGUAGGACAGUGGCCCGUCCUUGCAAGGGAGGGGACACCUGGCCUGUGAGUACCUUGAGCAUCUAGAAACAGAACAAGGAUCUGUGUCUAGCACUGGCGAAGAGCCUGCCAAAUCCUGGGCCCACCCUCCAGAGGAAGGAAAGCUGCAGCCAGAUGGGAUAUGCAGCUGUUCCGCACCAGGAGCCCGCAGCUUCUCACUGCUGGUUGUGAGCCGAUGGUCGAGUCCCGCAGGGCUGGCUCUGUCUCUGGGUCCGUUUUCUUCCUGAGGUCACUCACCUCUCAACUGUUCCAGAAGGUUCUGGGAGGGCACAGACAGGGUGAGUGUUGGUCUGCUCUCUCCCUGGCUCCUCCCCGAGCCGUCUUGGUGGCCCCGUGGUCACAGGCGCUGCUGUGCUCCUGGUUGCCAGGUCCAGGCUCUCCUGCCAGGCCAGGCUGGGCCGCUCCAGGGGAAGGUGAGAGGUGCUGGCCCCGCCUACCGCUGCCCCUCUUCCCUCAUGAAUAGAAGCAGGAGCAGGCUGGGGGAUUAGCCCUUGCUUUCCAUGAGUCGCGCAGCCCUGAAGCUAAUCUAAGCCCAUCUGAGCUGGGAUGAGGGGGACUUCCCAGGGCCAGACCCCCCAUGCCCCCAGGGUUCCCACUCAGACCUGAACCCUGUUCAGGUUGCUAGAUCCUGCUAGCAACCUUGCUGUGAGACCCUGCUGGGGUCUGCCGUCAUCCCAGCCUGUGGCCCACCGCCCUCUUUUAUCCUGGUGAUUCCGGAGGCGGGACAGAGGUUACUGCUGAUCUCUUCAGGCAGGGGACAGACCAGCUGGGCUCGGAGUCCCCAGAGAAGCAAGUGUUAGCAGGGAAGCCUCGGCUUGCACACAGCCUACAGGGAAGCACAGGCUGGAAACCAGUGAAGGCUGAGCAGCUCCAACUGCCACGGGUGGGGAGGAGACCCAGGACCCGCUCGCUCAGCCUGUCCGCUCACCAGCUACUCAGGCCCAUCAGGGACUGCCCAGCUUGGUGUGAGAGCUGCCGUCGUUGCAGGGCUUUGACCCCAAAGUUCCAGGCAUGCCUGUCACACACUCGCCAACAGGGCCGCUGCUCCUGAGCCUGAAAAGCUGGCUGUGAUCUGUGUAUCCUGAAUGGGCUUCUGUGGGGGAUGGAGGCAUUGCCACCAGCAGCUCCUGGUGGGAAACUGGUCCACAGGCCAGCUCAGCACCCAGCAGCACGUCUGUCUC